AUGGACGCGGUGUGCCGGGCCGAGCCCCGGCCCCGCCGGCCCGCCGCCGCCUCCCCGCUGCCCUGGGCCCGCUUCUCCGCCUGGCUCGACUGUGUCUGCGUGGUCACCUUCGACCUGGAGCUGGGCCAGGCUAUGGAGUUGGUGUAUCCUUAUGACUUUAGACUAACAGAGAAAGAGAAAACUAGUAUCUGCUACUUGUCCUUCCCAGACUCCUACUCAGGUGGCCUGGGGGAUACUCAAUUUAGCUUCCGCCUUCGUCAGUCUGGGGGACAGAGGACCACUCAUUACGAGGAUGAUGGCGAGUACAAUAGAGAAGCACCCCUAACGCUGCAGCGGGAGUCGGCUCAUUACUUUGGUUAUGUAUACUUCAGGCAAGUCAAGGACAGCUCGAUGAAGAGAGGUUAUUUUCAGAAGUCUUUAGUGCUGGUGUCACACCUUCCAUACGUGAACUUGUUCCAGUCAUUGCUGCAGCUGAUCGCUCCAGAAUACUUUGACAAGCUGGAGCCAUGCCUGGAGGCAGUGUGCAAUGAGAUUGAUCAGUGGCCGCCUCCUGUGCCAGGACAGACUCUGAACCUUCCAGUGAUGGGAGUUGUCAUUCAGGUGAGAAUCCCAUCAAGGGUGGAUAAGCCAGGAUCAAGCCCAGUGAAGCAGUUCAAUCAAGAGAAUCUGUUACCAGCCCCACUGGUUCUCCCCAGUAUUCAUGAACUGGAUCUCUUCAGGUGUUUCCAGCCAGUGUUAAUUCAUAUCCAGAUGUUGUGGGAGCUGAUGUUACUAGGAGAGCCAAUUGUUGUAAUGGCACCAUCCCCUACAGUUUCUUCAGAAAUGGUUCUGGCGCUUACCAGCUGCCUUGCUCCUCUGAGGUACUGUUGUGACUACCGCCCCUAUUUUACUAUCCACGACAGUGAAUUUAAAGAGUAUACCACCAGGACACAAGCUCCGCCAAACAUUGUUGUAGGAGUCACAAACCCUUUCUUUAUCAAAACUCUCCAGCACUGGCCGCACAUUCUUCGGGUUGGGGAGCUCAGAAUGUCAGGAGACCUGCCCAAGCAAGUUAAGGUGAAGAAGCUAGCUAAACUAAAAACUCUAGACACGAAACCAGGAAUCUAUACUUCUUAUAAAACAUUCCUUCACAAAGACAAAACCCUGAUAAAAAGAUUACUAAAGGGGAUUCAGCGGAAACGCCCAUCUGAAGUCCAAAGUGCCCUUUUGAGGCGUCACCUCCUGGAGCUCACCCAGAGUUUCAUUAUUCCCCUGGAGCAUUAUAUUGCAAGUCUGAUGCCUCUGCAGAGGGCCAUUACUCCAUGGAAGAAUCCUCCACAGAUUCGUCCUUUCCGUCAGGAAGAUUUCAUGAAGACCCUUGAGCAUGCUGGUCCCCAACUUACCUGUGUACUUAAGGGUGACUGGUUAGGCCUCUACAGGCGUUUCUUCAAGUCUCCCAACUUUGAUGGCUGGUACCGUCAGAGGCACAAGGAGAUGACCCAGAAGCUGGAGGCCCUUCAUUUGGAGGCGAUCUGUGAAGCGAACAUUGUGGCCUGGAUGAAGGACAAGUCUGAGGUGGAGAUUGUAGACCUGGUGCUAAAACUUCGUGAGAAGCUGGUGAGAGCCAGGUGCCAGCACCUCCCUGUGAAGGAAGAAACUCUGCAGCGUGUGGGCCUGUAUAUUGAGACCAUCAUUGGCUCCUUGCCGGAGGAUCUCCAGGCUGUGCUGCACCACCACUGAGCGCGGUGAAGGGACUCUGUCGGAGAAGGAAGGGCCCUCCCACCCUGCUCCGAGCUGUCGGCACCUGCAGUUGCGUUCGGAGAGGAAAGUUCUUCCCUGAUCCAGCCAGCGUGACCUGAUCUGGACCUGGCUCACAACUGUGUCUGAUCUCGAGCACGUGAGCCUGUGGGUCGGAACUGUAGCAGAAAUGGGGAACUGCGUGUGCUGUUCUCUGUCUAGUCCUGCUUUGAGGGGCUGGAUUAGGGGACUGUAAAUGAGAAAUUGUUCCCUGUGUGGCUGUUAGUAGGUCAGAAAGUGUCAGCCAGGCUUCCAGCAGCAUGUGAUAGGCUGUGCAAAACAUGUAGUGCCCAUAUAUCCAUCUUUGUCUAGUGCUUGGGCUCUCAAAAUUCCAGUGCCGUCAUCCUGCCUGGAAGAAGCAGGACCAGCCCUGCAGGGGGGACUUGCUUUCAGGACAGCUCCUGAUGAUAAUGAGAGAGAUGCUAGUCCCCCACAUACAAAUGAUGUGAAAAAAUUGUCACUGCCCAUUCAGCAGCCUGACUCAUGCCGGCAAGAGCUUCAGCUGUCAUGGGAGUGGGAGGAGGAAUUGCUGGACGUGGAAUGCUGCUGUUUUUUCUCCAAGGCAGAGACAGAGAAGAAGAAGGGGCUGGUGCAUCUGCAAGGAACAGAGCUCUCCAGGGAUCACGGCGGGGUGCUGUGUGAAUGGCAAUAGCUGCUGGAGCUCCACAGAGAGGAGCUGGCCUCCAAAUGUAAUUUAUUCUGCUUGAAAAAUCAAGUUUGUGUGCUCUAAUAACAUACAAGAGAGCUGGAGCUCUGCCUUGGGCAAUGAGAUAUCUAAUGUGGUCAGCCCACUUGCCCAUAAAACAUGUCGGAGAAUCUGAUUUUUACAGGCUGUGUCAGCCUUGCCAAGUGGGGGCUCACAGAGCGGCCCGUGCGUGGGCCCCGCUGUGAGAGGUGCGUGCUCGCCCUGUGCUGAGGUCAGUGGGGAGCAACCUCUCCAGCUCUCACCACAGUUUGUUCUUACCACAACCCAGCUUCCAGCUCGGUCAUUCUGCUCCCGUUCACCUCUUGGGAAAGAGAGAGAGACGUGUGUGGGUGCUGCUGGGCUGAAUGUAGGAAAGACUUGAGGCUCUGCUACCGGCUUUGGAGGCAGUUGCCCUCUGCCUCAGACAGCAGUCUUUCUGCCAGCUGCCUUGGAAAUGGAUUUACUGUAAUCCCAGGGUUGAUUGCUGCUACUGUAACUGCAUUUCACCAUCUGCCAGUCUGGCCAAGGCCUGAAUGUUUGCCUAAAGAACGGGUUGUAGGAUGGGUCUGGCAGCCUGACGCACUCCUGUUCUGUAAGGAGCGCUGGAGCGUACCUUUGCACGUGGCAGGAGCGUUCGGCAUUUCAGCCGAGACCUGCACAAAGCUGUCGGCAGUGCCCAGUGCUCACGGGGUGGAAGCUGUGCUGUUUCACUAGCAGUCUCUGCCCGUUGCUGCGCUGCCUCGGGGCUGGGGAGAUGUCAGUGAGGCUCAGAGGUGGCCGAACCCUUCCUGCGUUUUCCCCUCCAGAGCCAGGCACGGACAGUGCAGGAACAGCAGCAGGCUGCUUGGUUUUCCACUGCCUCCAGCCUGGAAGCGGCCAAGCGAGGAGACGUGGCCAUACCUCCCCCUAGUAACGAAUUCUGUACAAUACUCCUUAGUGGCAGCCCUGCCUGUACAGUGUAUAUUCUGUAUAUAGAGUUCGUGUGUGCGUCCGUGCAAUAGCUCUGCAGUGACUGUGGUGGACCGAAGCACUAAUGUA